AUGUCACAACAACUUCAACAAGUAUUAACUAUUGGAUCCAAUCCAAAUGUAUUAUUUUACGCAUGGAGAUUAUAUCAAGUUAAAGCUGUUGAAUUAACCAUUGUUGACUCACAAUUUGAUAAAACAAGGCCGAUUGUUUGGAAAUCGACUCUGUUGGGAGCAAGUCAAUAUUCACCCCACGAAGCUUAUUCAACGACUCAAGAACUCCCAAGUCACAAGAAAUAUGAUGUUAUUAUUCUAAGUUGUAACUCAUUACAAGACUUCCAAACAACUUGUUCAGGUUUAAGCAAGAUUAUUCAUGACAAGACUAUUGUACUUGUUGAAAGUACUGGUUAUAUUAAUCUUGAACCGUUUGUUACUGCCAGUUUCCCCAAAUCAAUUGCUUCAUCGUUGUUAGUCAUGUCGGUUAUGAAUGAAAGUGAUGUGCGCAAGACUUCGAGAAACACCCUUGUUCAUCAAGUUAGAAACAAAGAUUCAAGAAUCUACUUUGGUACAACUUCAGGAGGGUCAAGUAAAUUGACAUCACAUUCUAGCUAUCAAAAAAUGUACAAACUUUUACAAUAUGUUCAAGAAAACAGUAAUGGGGCAAUCAGCUUACUCAAAUCAAGUAAUCCAAAAGAAUUUAUGACAUAUCAAUGGAAAUUGGCUUUACCUCGAAUUGUAUUUGAUCCAGUAUUGGUCUUAUUUGAAAUUGAAUAUCCUGAAUUAUUAAAGAAUCAAAUUUUAUCCAAACCAUUGAUUACUGGAUUAAUCAAUGAAUUAUUUAAACUUAUCAAAAAAAUGGAUUGUAAAUUGGUUAAGGGUUUUGAAAACGAAGCAAAUUUAUUAGAAAGUUGGUCUAAAUACUACCCUGCUAUUAAGUCAAAUGAUCAUUAUGUUAAUUCACCUAAAUUGUUUUACAAUUUUUACCACAAAUUGGAUCUUGAACUUGAUUUAUUAUUGUUACAACCAAUUUUGUUGGGUGAUGAUAAUGGAAUUAGAACUCCGUAUUUGGAAAACUUGUAUUCAAUCAUGUGCCAACUCAACAAGAUUAACCAUAAAUCAUCAAUAUUCUUCAAGCGUAAACUUGCUGAUGAACCCGAUUCUGAUAGAGUAGUAACAGCAAAACAAUUGGAAGAAGACAUCGCAACAAAAACCCAAAAGCAUAAUGAAUUGGAAAAAUCAAUCAAGGAUUUUGAAGUUUCAAAAAUUAGUAUUGAUAAUGAUGUUCGUAAACAACAACAACUUUUGAAAACGCUUCAACAACAAAUCAUCGAUACAGAGACAAAAUUAUCCAAUUUACUGUAUGAAUUUGAAAAGAAAUCGAGAUCAUUGGAAUCAGAACAUGAAGCUAAAUUUAGAUCAUUGAACCAACAAUAUAAUGAAAGGUUAAGAGAUUUAGAAUCUAGUUUUGCCAAACAAAAACUCAACAAUAGUCCACCAUUAUCCAUUCCAAUGCAACAACCAACACCAUCUCAAGAUGACCAAGCAAAACCUAAUGGAUAUAGAGAAUCAGUAAUGAGUCAAGAUGGAUUGGCUGAUUUCAAACAUAUUAUUCAAUAUAAUGAUGUUGUCCCCAAUGGAACAACCGAUACACCCAAAUUGCAACCACCAAUGCAAUCAAGUCAUGGUCAAAGUUCCGAAAAUUUUGUAGAUGCAGGUAGUGGAAGUGGUGAUUUACCACCACACAUUCUUCAAAAGGAAUUGGAAUUGAAGGGUAGAGAAGAGGCAUUGAGAGCUCGUGAAGAAAGAAACGGAAGUGUUGGAGGAUAUUCUCAACGUAAUGGUCCAGGUCAGUAUCCACCGCCACCACAACAACCAUAUCAACCAAAUGGGUAUGCACCUCAAUUCAAUCCACAACAACAACCACCACCACUACACCAUCAUCAAAGCCUGUAUUACAACCAACCUGGCUAUUUCAAUGGUCCUCCUAAUGGCUACUCUGAUCAACAACCACCUCAUGGUUUGCCUAGUGGCGGAAUGCCACCAAAUCAAUUCCCACCAAAUUUGAAAUCGAAUGGCUCAAUGACUAAUAUGAGUGGAUACCCACAACAACAACAACAACAACAACCAAUGCAACCACAGUACAGUGGGUACAACCAACCACCACGUAGAUUGAGUUCCAUGCCGGGAGGGAUCAAUAAUUUCCAAGACUUCCAACAACAACCGCAUCACCAAUACAAUCCUCAACAGCAACACUAUGGAAACUCACCUAGUUUCAAUAAUGCCGCUCCAAUUGAUCCAUUUAUAGAACAACGGUUUAAGACUGCUAAAAAGAGUAAUAAUCGUCGUUCGCAAAUGCCAAUGAUGGGAAACAUUGAUGGUUUAGAUAUGGGAGGACGUGGCGGUAUGCCAUUACCUGGAGCCAGUAGGAAAUCAAUGGUUCAUCAAUUCAAUUCUUCAGCAUUACAACCACCACAACAAGCAAGAAGAUCAUCGAGUAAUCCACUUUUGCUUAACGGUCAACCACAACAACAGCAACAGCAACAGCAACAGCAACAGCAACACUUGCAACCUUCAAUGCAGCAACAAUCGCAACUGCAUAAUCAAGAAGCUGGUGCAUCCCAAUCAAAUGGAUUUUUACAUCCACCAAAUAUGAAUAGCUCCUCAUCAUCGACCAAUACCAAUGAUACACCAAAAACUGGUGGUGAUAAUGAACAAAUCAAAUUACAAGUCCCCGUGGUUUUAGACUAUAAUCAAAACGCCAAACCAUUGGGAGGGAUUGCUGAACUGAAUAAAGAAGGUGCUGAUAAAAAGAAGAAGAAGAAGGGAAUAUUCGGAAGGAAGUAG